AUGUAUAUCGUUACAGUUUUAAGGUCGUUUUCAGGUAAAAUCGGAUUUUUCGUCUUUCGACACCAAGACUCUACGAUUCAAGGGGUUCUUCAAGUUGACGAAAAAACUGUUAGUAAAGGUUUUGUCAAGUUUGCUGCCAAUGUUUCGGUUGAAUCGAUUGUCAUCGUUGAAGGCGUUGUAAGCAAACCAAGUGAAGAAAUUAAGAGCACAACAGUGACUGAUGCGGAAUUACAUAUAAAGAAG